AUGGAGAACUCCAAUAUAUUGCUCUUUACUCCUAAAGAUGGAUUUUUCAAGAAGCUAAUGAAGACUGAAAUCCAAGAACCCUCACUUUCAAUGGCUCCUUCGAUGACUUUUCCAGGAAGAAGUCCUGGUCAUGUUCUCACAAGAAACAUGGGUAGCAGAAGAGAAACAAUGCUGGGCUUGAAGGAGCCAAAAGCUAGUCUGUGGAAGGCUUGUGAGGAUCAGAUGUGUGAAGCUUCCUCAGGAAUUGCUGUGUGGGGCCUCAGAGUGGGCUACAAAGAGAAUUUGGCAACUGGUAAAUCUGUCUUCGAGGAUCUCACGGGCAGCAGCGUGGGUGCUGUCCACCUGGCCAAUCUCCCACCUCCACAGGCUUCCGGAAGAACAGUCUUGAGGAUCAAGAACGUUUUGCUGACCAGUUCAUCACUUGGGGCAAUAGCACUGAGACUGGAUAUUGUGUCUGGAGCCCUGAGUCUGAAAGUCCAUGUACGGCGUUUAUUUGAUAUCCCCCAAAAGCAAGGGAUUCUAUUGAUUGCUAUCAUUCAAGUAAUAUGGGGUAGAGCGCGAACACAGUCCCCUCACUACCACAAAUUACGCAGUCGAGUUUCCCACAUUUGGGGAAAUCGCAGGGAUCAACCCAUCCGAAGUACAAUGGAUAAGCCUCGCCCUGGGGAAACCACCUAUGUGAUCAUGGAAUCACCCUGCCAGGUCCAGAGACUUCGACUUCGGAGUGUCUGUAAGAGGAUGCACAUCACAGACAUUGCAGGCAAAGGCUUGCUUCCUUCUGGGUUAGUGGGCGAUGAGGAAGUAAUCCACUUAAUUCUGCCCAAACAAAAAGAGAUGAUUUAUGAAGGAUGCUACAAUAAGUGGUCUCAAUCUAGUCAUGAGAAAAUAUCAGACAAACCCAAAUUUAGAAACAUUCUACAAAAUGACAAGUUCUCUUCAAAAGUGUCAUGGUUAUGA